AUGCGUCCUCGGCUUGUCGGCCGUGUCCGGCUCAUCCAGCCCAGCAUACGAACGCGAUCACCGUGUCUGCGAACAUUCACCUACCACACGCAACUCACCACAAAAUCGAGGCCGAACCUACCUUUUCUCACCAUCCCCGUCACCAACCGCGCCGUAGUGCGCUACUUCACCACCGAGCGGAGGCAAUGGCUUAAGCACGAGGCGAAGCUCGCCGUCCGGUACACCGCGUCCUUCUGGGGUCUGCUCGCCUGCUGCGGCGUCAUCCUAUGGCUGGUCAACGAAGAGAGGCUCGAGAGGGAGUUCCCCACGCCGCACGAGUGGGGGUGGAUGACGAGGAAAUACCUGCGCGACGCCAACCUCAACAAGGAUCCGGCCAAUGGGCAGGUCAGUUGGCCAUGGGCGUUUGAGCUCUCUCGAGCUACGGUGCUCAGGUUGGAGGACGCCAAGGUCGACGGCCAGGACGUGACCAAGCUCUCGGACAGGGUAGACCCAGAGGCCGAGAUCCCCGGGGAGUUCAACCCCUGUGACAUCUCGGGCAAGAGCGAGGAGUGGAGGAGGGGUUACUUUGAAGCUAUCAUGGUGGCAGCCAAGGCUGCAGAGCACGUUGAUGGCUGGGUUCGCGAUCUUUCCCGCAAUAUCAUCUCGCCUCCUGAGUUCGUCAUUGGACCUUCUAACCCCAGACCCACGCCGAUUCCCCCAGGUCAACCCCAUGCGCCCCGCGAAGAGGAUUGCGAGGUGGCCUACCCCGGUGCUGACAACUUCUACAUGAAGAUCCUGGCCACCAAGGGCUUCACCUCUCGGCAAAAGCUUGAGGCGGCUCUGGAAUAUGCCAGUUUCAUGGAGUUCAAGCAACGGCCAGAGGGCGCCGAGGCUUUGUACAACCUCGCGCUCGCCGAGGCCGCUCAGGGGCUCGACAUGUCGAACCCGCCCUAUAACCCAAAGACCUUUGUCCUCAAUGAAAAGGCCGGUCCUCCCUCGCAGAACAUCCUUGACGCCAUCACCGCCAUCGCCACCCACAAGGCCCGCAGUGGAAACAUCAACGCCGCCCUCCCCAUCUACCUCUCCCUGCUCAAGGCCCGCCGCUACCUCUCUAACAAGCCCCCUCCUUCCGUUGUCCCCAAGCGCAAGCCUACCUCCGUCUGGGGCCAGUUCAUCGAGACCGUCUCUCAACCCGACUAUCCCCCUCCUCCUCCGGACGGCACUCAGCCUCCCUGGCGAAGUCCCGAGGAGCGCUGUCAGGAAGCUUCUCUGAGCCUGUGGAUUGGUGAGAUUCUAUUCGCCUCAUCAUCCAAGGACGAUGGCCUCUCUUGGACGCGUGAUAGUGUCGAUGCUGCCGAGGAACAGCUCCGCAACAUGGACCCCCUGAACGAGGACAAAACUGCCAAGAAGACAUGCCGAGAGUGUUUAAGCGCCGGUCUCGACAACUGGGGCAGAAUGGUAGUCAAGCUAGCCAAGGAAGAAGAGCAGCACCGCGAAAAGGCCGCCUCGCAGUCUGGCGUCUUCUCCUUCUGGAGUGGCUCCUCGCCCACCACGCCCAGUACCGAAAACCGAUGGACGGCCGAGGACGCCGUUGUCAAGGAGCGCGUGCGGAGGACGAGAGAGCUCGUCGAGGAGAUAGCACCAGGCGGUCCCACCCUGGCUUCGCUGUUCAAGGCAUAA